AUGCAGAGAACUGUUCUUUUAAGAAAUCUUCUUGAUGUCGUUGAGGAAGUACAGGUAGCAUGGUUGGAGAUUAGAAAUAUGACACUGGCUAGCUUUCAUUCUCCAUCAGCUAAGCAGUUGGAUUUGCAGCUUGCUUUCAUUGAUUUUGAAAGUGGUAUAAAGGUGACAAUGACUCUUGACGUGACGUGUUUGAAAUGUGGGGUCUAUACAUCAGAUAUCCUACCUUAUCGUUUACAGACUCCCGCCACUGGGAUAGAAAACUUAAAGCAUCAAGCACUCUCAGCUGAAAUCAAAGCAGCGGUUGAGAACCUUAGAGCUGGAUAUUUGAGGAUUAUAAGGCUUUGUAGAUGUGUUUCCCAGGUGAUGCAAUCUUCAGGCAAGUGCUGAGGUUUUCUAGCAUCUUUAAAAGAACAUAAGGGCGUCAACAAUUUGUUGGAGGCCUCUCUCUGUUGCUUGUGUGAUUGCAAACUGUACUACGAAAGUGAUGACUUGCCCCGACUUCCUUAGUAAGUCUUUUAUUAGCUUUCUUUCUCGAAUUCGUGGAACAUUUUUUUGUGGUUGUGUAAGUCUUUGUAGUGGAGCAC